AGCAAAUUGAUUUUUCCUAGGAGUUUCAUAAGGCGUUUCUCAAAGAGACCGACACAUUUCGCCUUCUUCCUUACUCUUUUUGUUUUUGUUCAACAAGAAAAAAAAACAAAUGAAGAGCAACAAAAACACUAACUUGAUCCUCUUCCACCACCACCACAACACAUCUUCCGCCGUCGCCACCGUGAGUCACCACCGUCUCUUACUCAUCUUCCUCCUCUCUUUCUUCACUCUCCUCUUCUCCUUCUCUCUCUUCUCAUCCUCACUCCACUCCACCACCACACCAACCUCCAACUUCCCCUCCUCAUCCUCCUCCUCCCUCUCACCACCCAUCCUCGCCGCACUCCUCCACUACACUUCCUCAACACCACCACCAAACACCACAAUGUCCUUCCCCGAACUCUCCGCCAUCUCCACCGCCAUCAACUCCAAAUCCCCCACCUGCAACCUCCUCGUCUUCGGACUCUCCCACGAAUCUCUCCUCUGGAGAUCUAUAAACCUCAAAGGCCGUACUGUCUUCGUUCACGACAACCCUUACGCUGUUUCUAAAUUCGAGCAGAGUAACCCCGGAGUUGAAGCUUACGACGUCGUUUUCCCGACCAAAGUCUCUCAAGCAAGUAAGCUUUUGCGUUACUAUAAAACCCGACCCGAGUGUCGACCCGUUCAGAAUCUUUUGUUCUCUGACUGUAAGUUGGCUAUCAACGAUUUACCUAAUUUUGUGUACGAGAUCGACUGGGAUGUGAUUUUGAUCGAUGGGCCAAGUGGGUUCGCCGGAGACUCGCCGGGGAGAAUGGCUCCGAUUUUUACCUCGGCGGUUCUGGCGAAGAGUAAAGAUUCCGGGACGACGGAUGUUUUUGUGCAUGAGUUUGGGAGGAAGCUUGAGAGAGUUUACAGUGAUGAGUUUCUGUGUGAGGAGAAUCUGAGUGAAGUCGUCGGAGGUUUAGGGCACUUUGUGGUGGCGGCGGCUAAAGGGGGAAAACAGGGGAGUGGGUUUUGUCGGAACUCAACGAAAUUGUCGGAGACAUUUACGCCGGUAGAGGUCGGUGUCGGUGAUGACUGAAGGGGAGUUACUUGUGGGACUAUGGUGGCUCUUUUGUAAUUAAUUUAGGUUUGAGGGCUUUUUUUAAUUGUCGUUUAGUCUUUACGUUUGUUUUAAUUUCGGAGACGGUUACACUUUCAAACCUUCGAAAAAUGAGUAGCCAAAUUCUAAAAUCAAAUGUCAUCACUCUGUUGAUGAAACCACAAAUGUUAGUAAUGAAAAAUUGCAAAAUAGUAACAUCAUUUUAAUUACCAUUAAAU